AUGUCCGUGGUGAGGUGUGCUGUCAAAACCGCGAAGAUGAUUCGGAUCCGCGUCAGAUCGUUUUCUUCAGCGGCGAAUCUCGAUCUCGAUUUCCGAGACAGCAAGGUCAAUGCGUAUUUGGCGAACAUCGAGAACUUUUUGGCCAACGAAGCCAAAACAACCAGGAAGAUCAGCGGGAUCAAUCAGCAACGUCUUAGAACGUUGAGUUCAAUUUACGGAAGAGCCUCCGCAGUCCUCAACGAGAUCCACAACCUGGAAGAGUUGUGCUCAGAGAUGCGAGCUUCUGAUGAGAAAGAAAUGGCUGAAAUCGCCCAGAAGGAUAUCGACGUCUGUGUGCGGAAAUUGAAAGACUUGUCGAACGAGGAUCUGAUACAUCUCGAACAGGCUUGGCUUUACAUUCUACCCUAUGAGCUUCAAGACACCGAUGAGAUCCUGGUUGAGUUUUCUGCUGGAGUCGGAGGCCAGGAAGCCAUGCUUUUCAACAGCGAUCUAUUCAAGAUGUACUCGAGUUAUGCCCGGAACGCUGGCUGGGGCGUCAACGUCGUGGAAUUUGCCGAAUCAGAAUCAGGCGGAUUGCGAAGCGGCACCCUGCACCUUUGCGGAGCGAAUGUCGGCAGACAUAUGAAAUUUGAAUCGGGUGUUCACCGAGUGCAGAGAACGCCCAAAACCGAGCGCGGCGGCCGGAUUCACACGAGUACCGCGACAGUGGCGGUGCUGGCAUGCCCCGCCGAGAUUGACGAUGAAAUCGAUCCCAAGGACUUGAUCAUGAAAUUCAAGCGCGCCGGCGGUCCCGGUGGUCAACACGUCAAUAAAACCGAGAGCGCGGUUCAAAUAUUGCAUACGCCAAGCGGGAUCAUGGUUGAAGCCGAUAUCGAACGCUCCCAACUGAUGAAUAAGGAAGCCGCGAUGAAGAAACUCCGAGCGAAGCUGUUCGACUUGAAGGUCUCCAAAGAGGCAAAUAGAGUGCGAUCGGAAAGGAAACUCCAGGUGGGUACCGCAGGAAGGUCGGAGAAAAUCCGGACGUACAAUUUCGCACAGGAUCGGGUGACCGACCAUAGAGCGGGAAUCUCCGUCCACAAUCUCCAAGAGUGUCUGGCCGGGGGAAGUGCACUCAGCAGACUCAUCGAAGCUCUCCAAGAGGCGCAUCGUAUUGAGACGGCGCAGCAUCUUAUUAGCAAUCAAUUGUAUUAUUAGUAUCGGUCAGUGAAUAAAGCCACACGCAUCGGCGUGAA